GGAGAUUGGUAAUGAAGUUGAUUAUCGUUUUGAUGUGGCUGCUUACAUGGAGAACCUUGUUUUACUUGAUGGAGCAAAUGUGGUAUCUUACUAGGAAGAUGGUGCUAUGUGUCUAAUAAGGAAUAUCAUAACAGAUAAGUUGCUCUUUUAGAGCUUGAUGUAGUCGGUGACAAUGAGAGAACUUAGAAGAAUUUGGAGAAUUUGGGAAAAAGGUUGAAGGGAAGAUCGAAAAAGUGAGAGAAAGGCUUACUUGCGCAAUUGCCAUGGUGUGAUUUUUCCAAGGGGUGGAUUCUGUGUCUUACUGCUGUUGGCCCAUAGCCAGAUGCUGUUCUCCAUAGUUGUUGUCAACCCCAUAAUGAGAGUAAGGAAAUGGAGAGGAUUUGGUAGAAAUUGAAUUUAAGAUGUAGGAGAGUGAAGAGAAAGAAUUUUUUCCAGAAAGAGAAGUAGAGCAGGAAUGCUCCAAAGAGGAAGUGGACUCAAAGAUGAAUGGUGGUGAGAGCUUUGAUCAGAUAAUUGGGGUAUCUUUUACGGAAAACAUUAACGAUGGUGGAAGCCCACCAUCAAAGCAGCAGCAACAUAAGAAUAAGAUGAAGUUUUUGUUCGGAAAGUUUGGAAGUCUACCCAAGAAGGAUGGCACUAGCAACCAUAAGUGAUUCCUCAUGUGGGACAGUAUCUUGUUUCUGAAGUCAUCAAGUUUGUGGUGGGGUCAUGGUUCUCAUAUUCGCUUUUGGCUUGAUCCAUGGUGUGGGGAGGUGAUCCUUAAGCAGGUCUUUACGGCACCAUUUCGAAUGGCCUGAAAUAAAGAGACUUACAUGGUAGCCUAUAUGAGUUGGAAUAACAAAGUUCUUCAUUGGGACAUUCUCUUUACCACCAUUUCGAAUGGCCUGAAAUAAAGAGACUUACAUGGUAGCCUAUAUGAGUUGGAAUAACAAAGUUCUUCAUUGGGACAUUCUCUUUACCAGGAAAAUGUCCCAUGGGAAAGAAAAACGUGGAGCACAACCACCGACCCUGCAACGUAGGACGAACCAUGAUCUCCCAGAAGAAAUCGUGUUGGAAAUCCUAGCAAAGCAACCCGUGAAAUCACUCCUAAGAUUCAGGUGCGUUUGCAAACGCUGGUACUCUUCCAUAGCCAACCCCAGUUUCAUCUCCACCCACCUCAGUAACAAUCAUCACAAUCAGGGUCUUCUCAUACACUUGGCCAAAAAUAUUCGCAUACCUUCUUCUGGUCGUCUUGACAGUCAAGUCUGUACGCUCGCUCGCGGCCGCACGUUUGAAACCAUAUCCAAGUUUCCAAUUCCCUUCACUUUUAAUUCUUGGUUUCUUGUUUUAGCGGGUUCAUGCAAUGGCAUAUUGUGUUUCAGUGAUUAUAUGACACCAGGAUGUAAUGAUGUUUAUUUGUGGAACCCAAGUAUUAGAAUGUUUAAGAGGUUGCCCGAUACUUGCUUGACCCAGUUACGUAAAGUGGCACUCGGGCUUGGGUACGAUUCACAGAGUAAUGACUACAAGGUUGUCAAGUUUUCAUCGACUAUUGCUGAACCUAUGCCUCCCCCUGAGGUUGAGGUGUACUCGUUAAGUUCGGAUUCAUGGAAAAGAAUUGAACUUGGAAUCUCGUGGAGAUCCAAUGUUGUGUAUCGCAACUUUAAUUUUACUUUGACAUUCCCGGUUGUGAGUGGACAUUUGCAUUGGAUGAUAGAAAUGAUAGAAGAAGGAGGUGGGCAAGAGGGGCGUUCUACUGCUAUGAUUUUGUCAUUUGAUCUCAAUAGUGAGAAAUUCAAAGAGCUACCACUGCCUGAUGAAGAAGGAAGUUGUUUUAAGAAAGGACUCACCUCGUUCAAGGAAAAACUCGCUUUGAUUAAAUUUGGAAGUGGUGUACAACCACAUAGCAUGCUUUUAUGCUCCAUUUGGGUGAUGAGGGAGUACAGUGUAUUUGAUUCCUGGAAUAAACUUUGUGUUCUACCGAUUCAAAUUCUUACUGAUUUCAUUGGUUUCACCAAAUAUGGUGCACUUAUUCGAAAAAAGACUUGGCUGGUAUCCGCCAAUGGUGUAUUAAAGAGCAAAGAUAAGUGUGUCUUAAUUGACCCAGAAACUCUGCACGAGAAGGAGAUUAUUACUCAAGCUGAUUCUCAGUUAAAUGUAGCUACUUACAUGGAGAACCUUACUUUACUAGAUGGAGCAAAUGUGGUAUCUUAUAAAGAAGAUUUGCUAUGUGUGUAAGAAGUGAUGUCAUUGCAGAUUGAAAAAUAAUUUUCGCCAGAGGAAGAAGCAGAGCAGGAAUGCUUGUAAGAGGCAGAAGAAGCCUUUGCUUGGAAAGUUUGGAAGCUUACUCAAGAAGAAGGACACUAGCAACCAUAAGUAGAUAAAUAGACCAGUUUGGUCUAACUUGUGCCCUGCUAGCAGGCAGACAUAUUUGGUAUCAAUUUGCACCUAAUUGUGUUUGCUUCAUUUUUAUUUUUUUUGCUUCCAGAAAGCAGAAUAGGUUUAAGAAGUGAAGAGGCUUCUAUUAUCUUUUUAGUUUUUUCCUUCUAUCUCUUUUGUUUUUUAAAAUAUGAGUACUCAUGUAGGACAGUAUCUUGUACGUGAUGGAGAUUUUUAUGCCUUCAUUUUCAUUUUGUGUUCAUUGCCCUUCUUAUCUUAGAUUUUAUGAAAAGGAGUGGUAAUUUGAAUUUGAA